AUGUCUCUUAAGGUCGUCGUCCUCGCCUGCGUGGCUGUCGUCGCUCUGUGCGACAAGGCCCCAGUCCACGCCCCUCAUCCCCCCGUUUACGCCCCUAGACCUUCCUACCACGCCCCUGCUCCUUACCACGCCCCUGAACCCACCUACCACGCCCCAAAGCCCGCCUACCACAACCCCGAACCCGCCUACCACGCCCCCGAGCCCACUUACCACGCCCCCGAGCCCGCCUACCACGCCCCAGAGCCCGCCUACAACGCUCCGAAACACUAUGAAAAUGAGUACCCUGACGUGCCCGCGAAGUACAACUACAACUACGGUGUCGCCGACGGUUACUCCGGCGCCAACUUCGCACAACGACACAGGGAGGGCCUACAACCACCUCAGUUUGGAGUCAAGAAAGUGAGAUUGUCUGGACGGUUGACACCAAGGACAUAA